AUGGACCCCUACAUGAUUCAGAUGAAUGGCAACAACAACUCACCAUCAGUUUUGGAUGUGCAUGUUAACAUCGGUGGGAGAAACUCCCUGCCAGGGAAAAACAAGGGCAGGAAGGCUAGGUGGUGUGUGAAGCCCUCAGACAUGUCCGACAAGACUUUCAAUCCCAUCCGGGCCAUUGUGGACAGCAUGAAGGUCAAACCAAAUCCAAAGAAAACCAUGAUUUCUCUGUCAAUCGGGGACCCUACUGUGUUUGGAAACCUGCCUACUGACCCUGAAAUUACCCAAGCAAUGAAAGAUGCUCUGGACUCAGGGAAAUACAAUGGCUAUGCCCCUUCCGUUGGCUACCUAUCCAGUAGGGAGGAGAUUGCUUCGUAUUACCACUGUCCUGAGGCACCCCUAGAAGCCAAGGAUGUCAUUCUGACAAGUGGCUGCAGCCAAGCCAUUGAACUUUGUUUAGCUGUGUUGGCCAACCCAGGGCAAAACAUCCUAGUUCCGAGACCCGGUUUUUCUCUCUACAAGACGUUGGCUGAAUCUAUGGGAAUUGAAGUCAAACUCUACGAUUUACUGCCAGAAAAGUCUUGGGAAAUUGACCUGAAACAGCUGGAAUACCUGAUUGAUGAGAAGACAGCUUGUCUCAUUGUCAAUAAUCCAUCAAAUCCUUGUGGGUCACUGUUCAAUCGAAGCCAUCUCCAAAAAAUUCUGGCAGUGGCAGCACGGCAGUGUGUUCCCAUCUUAGCUGAUGAGAUCUAUGGAGACAUGGUGUUCUCGGAUUCCAAAUUCGAGCCUCUAGCUACCCUUAGCAGCAAUGUCCCCAUCCUGUCCUGCGGAGGGCUGGCCAAGCGCUGGCUGGUUCCUGGCUGGAGGCUGGGCUGGAUCCUUAUUCAUGACCGAAGAGACAUUUUUGGCAAUGAGAUCCGAGAAGGGCUGGUGAAGCUGAGUCAGCGGAUCCUGGGUCCCUGCACCAUCGUCCAGGGAGCUUUGAAAAACAUCCUGCGCCGCACCCCUCGAGAGUUCUACCAGGGCACCCUGAGCUUCCUCAAGUCCAAUGCUGAUCUCUGCUAUGGGGCACUAGCUGCCAUCCCUGGACUCCGGCCAGUCCGCCCUUCUGGGGCCAUGUACCUUAUGGUUGGAAUUGAGAUGGAACAUUUCCCAGAGUUUGAGAAUGAUGUGGAGUUCACAGAGCGGUUAGUUGCUGAGCAAUCUGUCCACUGCCUCCCAGCAACAUGCUUUGAGUACCCAAAUUUCUUCCGAGUGGUAAUCACGGUCCCGGAAGUGAUGAUGCUGGAGGCCUGUAGCCGGAUCCAGGAAUUCUGUGAGCAACAUUACCACUGUGCUGAAGGGAACCAGGAGGAGUGUGACAAAUAGGCCCCAGGACAUUUUGCUGAGGAUACGUCCCUUUGGACAGGGCUGGGCUGGGCCCUACUGCUCCUCAGGGAAUCCGACACCCUGAGUGGGAGAGGGGCCCUUGUAAAGAUUCAUCAUUACUCCUGCUUCCCGCCCAGCUAUAUUCACAUUUAUACUCUGAAUCCCCGAUUCUCCUCUCUGCUGGAAUGACUCAGUCAUUCAUUCAUUUGUCCCCCUCACAUAUGACUUCCUUUAAUUUUUUUUGAAGUUAUCAACCAAAGUUUAUCAGAAAGCAGUGGAGACAAGAAAAUUAAGAAUUCAGGAUGAAAGAAAUAAAAGAUUGUGAGAACUUAUACCCUACUCCCAAACAUUUCCUCAUACUAUAAAAAAGAAUUCAUUCUCUCCAAUCAGGCCUGAAAGCCCAAUUUUGGUCCCAUCUCAC